AUGAACAGGCUUGAACAACACCGCGCCCGAGCCCCGACUCCUCCUCCAGACUUCUGUCCGUACCGUCGCCCAGACUCCGACGAGGCGGCCGCCGAUGCCAUCCCGAUCCUCGUCGACAACACCUACCACCUGUUCCACCUGAUCACGCCGCCGGCGACGAAGCACCAUCCCGAGCGUCUGCGCUCGUCCUGGUCGCGCAUACGAUCCACGAACCUCGUCGACUGGACGCGGGACAUCAAACCCGUCCUCACACCGGGCGACGAUGCUGCGGACCCCGACGCCGACGGCGCGUGGACUGGCGCCGCCCUAAUCGGCCCGGAUGGCAACAUGAACAUCUUCUACACGGGAUACAACCUGUCGCAGGGCGGACGGCAGACGAUUCUGCGCACAAAAUCAGGGGACCGCCACGGCACCAUGUUCGAGAAGCCCGGGACGCCCAUCACCAUCGUCGGCGACGGCCUCGCCAAGUUCGAGGACAUUGACUUCCGCGAUCCCUUCGUCUUCUACAACGCCGCCGAGUCGCGGUACUGGAUGCUCGUAGCCACCCGCCUCGCGUCCGGUUCCCCCUGGAGCCGCGGAUGCAUUGCCCUGCUGACGUCCCCGUCUCUCGAUGUCUGGACUGUUUCGCCAGAGCCCCUGUACGCUCCCAAUGACAUGUUCUGCCCCGAGUGCCCAGAGCUCUUCACCCUCCCCAACGGGCGGUGGUAUCUCGUAUUCUCACGCUUCCACGCGCCGAACGCCGGCACUGUAUAUCGCAUCGCCGACAACCCACGGGGCCCGUUCCGCGUUCCGCGCGACGGCUCUCAUGGGCGGUUGGACGGGCGGCGCUGGUACGCUGCCAAGUCGUGCCCAAUGGCCGGCGAUCCUCGAAAGAGGAUUUCCUUUGGUUGGCUGGGCGACUACGCUGAUGACGAGAACAAGUGGCUCUGGGGAGGCGAUCUAGGGAUUCCACGGGAAAUGUACGCCGAUAAUAACGGCCACUUGCGGAUUGAAGCUGACCCGGGAUUGCGGGACUUCCUCUGGCGAACGUCAAAGACGGUCUGCCAAGGGAGUGCCGCUCCCAGUCUAUAUCUCUGCUCGCUCGGGUCUACAGCAACGCACUUUCCAGAGCUCGGGUCCCUUGCUCUACGGCACGACCUCUUCAUCGACUUCAAAGUCGCCGCCUGUGACGCCCACAGCUUCGGUGUAAUGCUACAAACCGACGAGUCUGGAAAAGGACAUCGUCUCCAGUUUAGCCCUUCAGGCCACGGCCUAUUCUCCGUCGCCCUGUGGACCGAUUUCCCACCCCUCGACGACUUUUGGGCCGACCAAUACCGACUACACCUACCCCGACCGAUCGACGGCCCCGAGCUCGUACGACAUGAUAAUGUUAUAGAGGCAUUCUGCGGAGGGCGGUCGCUGAGCUUCCGCUUGCCAAAACCAGAUGCUUCUAGUGGCGAGAUACGAAGGUUCGGCUGGUUCGUGGAAGACGGGAUGGUUGAGGUCGUCAACAUCUCCGUGAGGCACAGAAUAGUAGAGGGUGCUCAUGAUGUGGAAGACGCAAUCGGAGAUCAUGAGUAA